CGUGCGGCGGCAGUAGAAACCUUGCGAAAUCACAACUGGGAGUGAACGCGCAGGCGGUGGUCGCACAAGAAAUCUUCUGAGUACUUUUCAGGCUUUUAGAAACUUCUUCAGCUUUCGGUAUUAACGUUGAACUGGUGUGGAAAUACUUAAACAUCGGGGAUAUGAGAGGCUGUGACGGCUUGUCUACAUCCGUCGGGCGUUUGGAGCGAAGCUAGCUAAAAGUCCAGUAGUUUUCUUCCAGCUCAGACGCAGCCCGUGAACGUGAAGGCGAUUUCUACUUGCCGUGUAAUUUUCAGCUUUAUUUUUCUCGGUUUUCGAGGGAUGUGAGUCUUCCCAACACGUUUGGACCCGUCGCAGUUGACUUAAAAUCUACCUAGAGCGACUUUUCCCCACUUUGUUGGCUCCGAAUUCAAACCAUGUCGACCACGGCGCUUUACGCGGCGAAGAAACGGAAGAAGCCGGUCCAGAAAAUCCCCAAACCUCCACCCGCUGAUGGCGCCAAGUCGAACCCUUCCAAACGCCACCGCGACCGGCUCAACGGCGAGCUGGACAAGCUGACCAGCCUACUUCCCUUCACUGAGCAGGUCAGGGCUCGGCUGGACAAGCUGUCCGUCCUCCGCCUCAGUGUCGGGUACCUGAAGGUCAAGAGCUUUUUCAGUGCCAGCAUGAAGAAAGGCCAGAACAGUUCGAGCUGGACCAGCGAGCGGAGCCUGAUGUUCGGGGGGAACCUUCAGAACGUGCUGACUCCAUCCUCCACCUCCUCACCCUCCUUCUUCCCCUCCCAGGUGACCUCCUUCGAUGGAGUCAGCUUCUCUGAGGGAGACUUGCUGCUUCAGGCACUGAAUGGCUUUGUGUUGGUGGUGACGAGUGAAGGUCACGUCUUCUACACAUCUCCCACCAUCCAGGACUUUCUCGGCUUCCAUCAGUCGGACGUCAUCCAUCAGAGUGUGUUUGAGUUGAUCCACACAGACGACCGAGCUGUUUUCAGACAACAGCUUCACUUCGCCCUCAACCCAAAUUCCAGUCAGCACGAUGGCUCUGCAGAGAGUUCCAGUAUCAGCAGCAGUGUGGGGACCUACGACCCGCAGAACAUCCCUCCAGAGAACUCGUCCUUCCUGGAGAGAAACUUCAGCUGUCGUUUCCGCUGCCUGCUCGACAACUCCUCCGGCUUCCUGGCCCUAAACUUCCAUGGCCGCCUGAAGUUCCUCAACGGUCAGAACCGGGUGUCAGAGGAUGGGACGUUGGUUCACCCUCAGCUCGCUCUGUUCUCCAUAUUAAUAGUAUUUAGAGCCAUAUCAGUCACUCAUAUACAAUUUGUUUGUUUCCACAGAGGAAAGGUGAUUCUAGGUUACAAUGAAGUGGAGAUCUGUACAAAGGGUUCAGGCUACAGCUUCAUCCAUGCUGCAGACAUGAUGUACUGCGCUGACAAUCACAUAAAAAUGAUAAAAACCGGAGAAAGCGGUCUCACCACAUUCAGGCUGCUGAGCAAAACUGGCGUGUGGCUCUGGGUCCAGGCCAAUGCCAGGCUGGUCUUUAAAGGCGGGAGACCAGACUUCAUUAUUGCCCGGCAGAGAGCCUUGACGAAUGAAGAAGGAGAAGAACAUCUACGCCUCAGACACCUGCAGGUGCCGUUCAACUUUGCCACUGGAGAGGCGCAGCUGUAUGAUAUAAUUCCAACUGUCGACGUCCCCGACAUGUGUUCCGCCCCAAAGCAAAGGAAGCUUGACAACCACUCUGUGAGCUACAACUCCCUCCUGGGCUGCAUGCUGCGUCAGGACCAGUCUAUCUACUGUGAACACAACAGCGCCAAUACCUUCAACUCCCUCAGUGAUGCUGCCUUCAGAGACACCCACGCCACAGUCAGUGUUCCCGGUGAUGCCUGGCAGCACUCUUCACCCAAACCUGCUGUGGGAAGCCUGGCAAACUCGGACACCACUGUUCAGGACAUGAUUGAGACACUGCAGCAGAUCCUCGGGGACAGCGACCUCACUGAAACCCUGGAUGUGGAAUCUGAUGAGCUCAAGAGCUGGGAGAGUAUACUGCUGAAGAUGAGCACCAACAGCAGCGAUAUGAGCAACGAACUGGAUGACAUUCUCAACAAUGACAUUCUGACUUAUGUAGAAGAGCAGCUUCAGAAGGAGGGCGGGCUCAAGCUCCUAAGUCAGCUCGAUGACGUACCGGCCAGCCUCUCCACUUUGGACCUCCAGAACCAGGGUUCUGGCCAAGGUGGGGCACAGAACUUCAACUGGCCUCUGGAGCCCCAGAACCAGCUAAUACCAGCAGGGCAGAUGAUGACUAGGCAACUGACUCCAGGCCUUGGGACGAUGAAACUGACCCACAUGGAUCGUCCACAGUUGAGUUCUUCAGGCUUAAACGGGUUAACCCUGCAGGAGAUCACCUCCCAGCCAACGCUUUCUCUUUCUGUUGGUCUUGGCAACACAGGUGCUCCACUGGCCUUCAACCCCUCCUUGGCAAACUCUUGUGCUCAAACACAAAAUCAGCUAAGGACCUCACAAGUCAACGCCCAGGACACCAACCUCGGAGUGUUCAGACAAACCAGUCAGCAUCACUCCAACCAACUGGCUCAACCGACUCAGAACCACCUUCAGAUGAAGACACCCAGCUUCCCAGUCGGCCUUCAGGACCAAAGUGCAGGACAGUUUAAUCAUGGGUUCAACAUUCAGGACAACCAGUGGAACUCCUCUGUCCAAGCCGACAACUUUGUGCAAACAUAUGCCCAAAAUAUUUCAAACGAACCGAGUUUUAUUGCAAGUCCUCUGUCGUCGAGCUGCUUACAGGGGGGCUUUGCACUUCAGACACAAGGCAAUGACAAUCAGAGACAGUCUUGGCCACUGGAGCAGCAGCAACAGCAGCUGAUCUCAAAUGGACCCCAGCAGAUGGUUGCCUGCCUCAACCAAAUGUCAGGGUCUCAAACAAAUCCUGUUCCUGGAGUCACUGCUCCCCAGAGUGCUGUCGGUGGCAGGCCAAUGUACAGAGCUUCU